AAGGUCACUGUUGAGAAAAGGAGAGGACUCAUUUGUUCCUGACAGUCACGGAGAAACAAAGCCGCUGAGUAGAAGGGGAGAGGAGACACCAGUGAUUACCAUGGUGGCCGUCACAGAACUCCAGAAGAUUGGUAUUGGUCUGAUGGGAUUCGGUGGAUUUUUCCUGCUCUUUGGUGUGCUGCUGUAUUUUGACUCUGUGUUGCUGGGCUUUGGGAAUAUUCUGUUUCUGACUGGUUUGACGUUCAUUAUCGGCUUCAAGAGGACAGCCCACUUCUUCUUCCAAAGACAAAAGUUUCGGGGUUCUUUGUUUUUCUUGGGAGGUGUGUCUCUGGUGCUGUGCCGUUGGCCAAUCAUUGGAAUGCUGGUGGAGAGUUAUGGCUUUGUGCAUCUAUUCAGGUCUUUCUUCCCCAUGGCCUUGGGAUUUGUGCUGUCAGCUGUGAAUAUCCCUUUCCUCAGUGCAUUUUUCCCCAGCAGCUCCUCCAUGGUCUGAGCAGAACACAUUGCAGCAGGGAAAAGAGUGCUGGAUGGCCCUUUGACUGAUUCUGGGUGGCCAGAGGGGGAGAACUGAUGAGUAACUGCUCCAUAACUGAACUGCUGUUUAGACAGAGGUCUUCACGGGUCCAAACAUUUGUGCCCAGACCCCAAAAUACCCAGAAAUGUACUUACUGACACUAAACUGUCUAUUAUUUGAAAGCUGGGACCUGGAUCCAUGCCGAACUGAGAGAUGUCGGCAGAAUUUAUUUUUUACAAUGUGCUGUAUUUUGUACCGCGUAAGGUUACAAUGAAUAACCGAGCUGUCAAAUAAGCUGCUUAAAAGCCUUAAAUAUUGCAGUUGUACAGAAUGUUUAUCAGAUUCUACAAUCAUUUAACCUUGUUAAUGUUGUUUUGUUAAAUUAAGAAAAAUCUUAAAAAAAUGAACAAAUGAUUUAAUGAUAACUAAUAAAAACUAUGGCGCAUGUUGUGUACUUGUUUAGUUCAAUAAAUUACUAUAUAAUAUGUAUAGUAUGUAUGUAAUAUUUAUUUAUAUUAUACUUAUAUUUAAGUUUUUAUUGUGGUUUUAACAAUAAAACAUGUAAAACACCUCUUUGUAUGAGAGGCCAUACAAAGUGUAACAAAAUUAUACAUUUGUAAUAAACAAUAUAUGUCUUAUAAUACAGAUUUACAGUGCACAGAAGAGUGAAUUGUAUUAUAAACAGUUCUACCAACAGAAAAAGUUUAAAAAUAACUGCAAUUAGUUAUAGAAAAAUGGUUAAGAAUGAUACUGAAUAAAAUUAAAGCAAAAAGGU